AUAGCUGUCUGAUGACCAAGAAGAAGUUCCUGUACCACUUCACCAAUGCCCGCUGGGCAAAGGGGAGGCAUGAAACAUAUGUGUGUUACGUGUUGGAGCGCCGGGACAGCCCCGUCUCCCGCUCGCUGGACUUCGGCUACUUGCGGAACAUUCCGGGCUCCCACGCCGAGGAGCUGCUCCUCCGGAUACUGUCCGGCUGGCCCCUCGACCCCCUCAGGCCCCUGUGCCUCACCCUCUACGCCUCCUGGAGUCCCUGCGCCCAAUGCUCCCACCGCCUCGCCACCUUCCUCCAGCGAUGGCCCAACCUCACUCUCCGUCUAUUUGUGGCCAGACUCUACUACUGCCAGGGCUCAGGACCCCACCCCGGGGGGCUACGGAGACUGAGGGUGGCGGGGGUCAGUCUGGGGGUCAUGGGCUACACAGAUUAUUCCUACUGCUGGGAUAAUUUUGUGGCGCGUCGGGGGUCCCAGUUCAAGGGGUGGGACGGGCUCCAGUCAAAUUCAGUGAGGAUUUCACGUCUGCUCCGUAGAAUUCUACAGCCAUUGGAUGAAUUUGAAGACUUCAGCGAGGCCUUCCUGAUGCUCGGCCUUUGACCUUCGACGAUCUCUCCUUCCCUCCCCUCCUCUUUCCUUAAUUUCCCUCCUACUUCUUCCCUUCCUCUGCCCUUGCCUCCUCUUUCCUCCUUCCCUUGCCUCUCUCCUACCCUCCCCUUACAUCCCCAGGGUGAUGGUAGCAGAAGUUAGAUCGGCCUUCUUGACAGUAAACCCACACCAAGUCAUCGGUCCUGAUGGAGUUCUGCCUCGUGUCCCCAGUAGCUGCAUGGAACAACUAGCGAGAGUAUUUCGUGGACAUAUUUGAUCUGUCCCUACACCGUUCUGAGGUACCCACCAGCUUCAAGUGGACCACCAUCAUCCUAGUGACAAAGAACAGCAAGACCUCAUGCCUAAACGACUACCGUCCAGUGGCUUUGGCAUCCAACAUCAUGAAAUGUAUUGAGAGGUUAGCAAUGGAAAGCAUUAAAUGUGGCCUCCCCAGCUGCCUUCACCCACUGCAGUUUGCCUACUGCCACAACAGGUCCACAGCCGAUGCCAUCACCCUGGCCUUACACUCACACAUGUAACAUCUGGAUAAGAGUGACACCUGCAUCAGACUCCUAUUCAUCGUCUACAACUCUGUCGUUAAUACCAUUAUACCAUCCAAGCUCAUCAUCAAACGCACGGGGCUUGGUGUCAGCCUUCAUCCCUGCAACUGGACCUUCAACUUUCUGACCAACAGAUCCCAAUCAGUGAGGACAGGUAACAAAAAAUCCUCAACACGGGGGCUCUGCAAGGAUGCGUUAACAGCCCCCUUCUUUACUCCUUGUACACCCACGACUCCGCAGCCAUGGACAAAUCGAAUUCAAUAUUCAAAUUCGCAGACGAUGCCACCAUUUUGGAUCAGAUAACAAAUAAUGAUGUGUCAGAGAUUGAGAACCUUGUGUCCUGGUGUUGAGAUGACAACCAUUCUUUCAAUGUCAGCAAGAUAAAGGAGGUAGUGUUUGACUUCAGGACGCAACCCCAGUUUCUAUUGUCGGUGCCAAAAGUAGAGAUGGUUGAAAACAUCAACUUUCUCAGUCAAUAUCACUAACGACUUCUCCUGGACCACCCAUAUUGACCAAGCAAGCACUCCAAUGCCUCUACUUCCUUAGAAGGCAAAGGAAGUUUGGUAUGUCCCCUACAACUAUCACCAACUUCUACAGAUACACCAUAGAAAGCAUUUGAUCAGGAUUCAUCACAACUUGGUUUGGGAACAGCUUCAUUCAAAAUCGCAGAACAUUGCAGUGAUUUGUUGACGCAGUCCAGACCAUCGCACAAACUAAAGAUAGACAUAAAAUGCUGGAGUAACUCAGCGGAGCAGGCAGCAUCUCUGGAGAGAAGGAAUUGGCAAAGUUUUGGCUCGAGACCCUUCUUCAGACUGAGAGUCAGGGGAAAGGGAAGACAUAUAUAGUUGAUGUAGAAAUAUAGAACAAUUUAAUGAAAUAUAUGGAAAAUAGUGAAAGAAACAGGCCAUUAAACCAUAUAACAAUUACAGCACGGAAACAGGCCAUCGUGACCCUUCUAGUCCGUGUCGAACACGUAUUCUCCCCUAGUCCCAUACACCUGCAUUCAGACCAUAACCCGCCAUUCCUUUCCUGUCCAUAUAACUAUCCAAUUUAUUUUUAAAUGAUAAAAACGAACCUGCCUCCACCACCUUCACUUGAAGCUCAUUCCACACAGCUACAACUCUCUGAGUAAAGAAGUUCCCCCUCAUGUUACCCCUAAACUUCUGUCCCUUAAUUCUCAAGUCAUGUUCCCUUGUUUGAAUCUUCCCUACUCUCAGUGGGAAAAGCUUAUCCACGUCAACUCUGUCUAUCCCUCUCAUCAUUUUAAAGACCUCUAUCAAGUCCCCCCUUAACCUUCUGCGCUCCAGAGAAUAAAGCCCUAACUUGUUCAACCUUUCUGUGUAACUUAGUUGCUGAAACCCAGAUAACAUUCUAGUAAAUCUCCUCUGUACUCUCUCUAUUUUGUUGACAUCCUUCCUAUAAUUAGGCGACCAAAAUUGUACACCCUACUCCAAAAUUGGCCUCACCAAUGCCUUGUACAAUUUUAACAUUACAUCCCAACUUCUAUACUCAAUGCUCUGAUUUAUAAAGGCCAGCACACCAAAAGCUUUCUUUACUACCCUAUCUACAUGAGAUUCCACUUUCAGGGAACUGUGCACAGUUAUUCCCAGAUCCCUCUGUUCACCUGCAUUCUUCAAUUCCCUACCAUUUACCAUGUACGUCCAAUUUUGAUUUGUCCUGCCAAGAUGUAGCACCUUACACUUAUCAGCAUUAAACUCCAUCUGCCAUCUUUCAGCCCACUCUUCCAACUGGCAUAAAUCUAUCUGUAAACUUUGAAAAUCUACUUCAUUAUCCACAACCCCAUCUAUCUUAGUAUCAUCUGCAUACUUACUAAUCCAAUUUACCACACCAUCAUCCAGAUCAUUGAUGUGCAUGACAAACAACAGUGGAUCCAACACGGAUCCCUGUGGCACCCCAGUAGUCACUGGCCUCCAACCUGACAAACAACCAUCCACCAUUACUCUCUGGCAUCUCCCAUUCAGCUACUGUUGAAUCCAUCUUGCUACUCCACCAUUAAUACCCAACCAUUGAACCUUCUUAACCAACCUUCCAUGAGGAACCUUGUCAAAGG